UUGCCAACUAUGCAACUAGAUUUCAUAAUAAUGUCACACAUACUCAAACAUGUAUAUAAACACACAAUUUCUCUACCAAAUUGUCUAACAAAGCAAAACAACUAAAACCCCUUGACAUAAAGAAAACUAUGAUGUCGAAGAAGAAAGAAACCCUGGGACGACAGAAAAUUCCGAUGGUUAGGAUUAAGAAAGAGACCCACCGGCAGGUCACAUUCUCAAAACGUAGAGCCGGUCUAUUCAAGAAAGCUAGCGAGCUUUGCACAUUGUGCGGCGCAGAGGUUGGGAUCAUCGUGUAUUCUCCAGCCAAAAAGCCUUUCUCUUUCGGCCAUCCCAGCGUCGAAUCCGUAUUGGACCGUUAUUUGUCCCGCAACAAUUUGUCCAUAACGCAGACGGAGAAACCGCAGGGAAACGCUGCAGCGAGCAGCGGCGUGCUGAACGUGGAGCUGACGCAGAUCGUGAGCCAGUUAGAGGAAGAGAAGAAGAAGGGUCAAGCGAUGGCGGACAUGAGAAAAGCGAAUGCGGUGAGGUGGUCGAUGACGAAUUGGUGGGAAAGGCCAGUGGAGGAGAUGAGUAUGGUUCAGUUACGGGAAAUGAAAUCUGCGUUAGAGGAGUUGUGGAAGAUUGUUGUGUCAGAGACAAGUAUGGCUCGCCAGCUCGGUUUAAGGAUGUGAUAGAGGAUGUGUUACGGCUCCCUCUCCUUCUUACAUGAAUAUGCCCUUUGCUUUUUUCUAAUGUUUACAAUGGUUGUUUCGGAUUAACACAUAUUAUAAGCCAAUAUCUUCCUAGCUAGCUUUUUUUAAUUAUCUCAGAUUGUUUUUGUUUCUUUGGCAACAUGGAAAAAUAUUAAUGUUAUCCGGUUAAGGUACUUUAAUGAAUUGAUUAUAUACUAUAACCGACAAUAUAGCUUAAACUUAUAAGUUAUAAUUCUUAAAAGUAACGGAUCUAGUUUUCACCUGGCAUCCAUUGGGGGUUGCCUUUCUCACUCACUGGACCAUUUCAACACCAUCACCUCAAUACUUUCUAGCUUGUGCUUCACUAAAAACGCCAACGCUGGCAGUCUCUGGUGAUCGGUUGGUGGUGACGUGAAAUACUCUGUUUCAUCUAGCUACGUGCUAAGUUCCUCGGUUUGAACCUUAAAAAUCCAUAUUCUGAUCUUGCUCCCGGAGUGAUUCAUUUUUGAUCAGGCAAGAGGCUGGGGACGGAUUAGAAUAAAUUCAAUCGAUUUUGAUCAUGGGUCUUAUUGAUACUCCUACAAUCGGAGCAAUGAGUAGUCAAACAUAUAUUCCACUAAUCAUCAGUCUGAAACCGAUUUCAUUACAAGAACAAAAUAUAUUUUACAAAAUUUAGUAAAUACACAAUCAAAUAUGGUUAUAAGGUUUCACUCGUGCAAAUGCUAUUAUCUAAACCUAUUGAAAAAUAGUUUAAAAGACACUCUAUCAUUCUAUGUAGCAAGCUCUUUCAGGUGCGACAGCGGUUAAUGAAAGGUUAACCCAACAAUUUUUUUUUUGUGGGGGGGGGGGGGGGGGUUUGAAUGAUGAGAACGACCAACCAUGCUCUAUUGACAUGACUGCGUUGUUUUUCAGUGUUGGGUUAGUAUAUCCCUAAGAUAUAGUGAUGAUAUGGCUUGGAGGAUUCAUAAAAAGGAGAGGAAACAAUAGCUGGUGCUGAAGUGGAAGAAGGCUCACGUGGAGUAAGUCUUGGAAAAGUAAAGCAAAAGAGAGGAUACAGAAAAGAGACCGAGUAUAUACAUGAAGUAGCCUUAAGAGGAAAUCACAAUUAGUACAGACAGAACAAUGGGAAAUGAAUAAUAAAUGAACAUACAUUGAUAUAUUUAUACACAAUACAUGUACAAAGAAAUGUAUUCAUAUUACGCUUGAAUCAAUGUAAACAUUUGUACUCCGUAUAAAAAUCAUCAAAUGCCAAAACACUUAACUUGCUUUUGUUCAUAUCAACUACAAUGGCACUGGAGGCUUUUCCAACCACUUGGCACGAAACCCAGUUCCCUUGCAAUCGCUACAGCAAGCAGAACCCUUAAACCCACACACAAAAAAAGAAUCGAAUAUUCAUAACUUGUAAGGUACUUUUUGGGUGGA